AUGCCCGAGCCGCCGGUGGCAGCGCAGGACGGCGACCGGCCCCGGCGGGCCCCGGCCGGCGAGGAGCGAGCGGAACCGGCGGCCCCGACCGGCGUCCUGGAUAAGCUCUUCGGGAAGCGGCUGCUCCAGGCCGGGCGCUACAUCAUGUCCCACAAGGCCUGGAUGAAGACGGUGCCCACGGAAAACUGCGACGUGCUCAUGACCUUCCCGGACACCACCGACGACCACACGCUGCUCUGGCUCCUGAACCACAUCCGCCUCGGCAUCCCCGAGCUCAUCGUCCAGGUCCGGCACCACAAGCACACCCGUGUCUAUGCCUUCUUCGUCACCGCCACCUACGAGAGUUUGCUGCGCGGGGCCGAUGAGAUCGGGCUGCGAAAGCCGGUGAAAGCCGAAUUCGGUGGGGGCAUGCGGAGCUUCUCCUGCGAGGAGGAUUACAUCUACGAGAACAUCGAGAACGAGCUUUACUUCUUCACCUCUCAGGAACGGCAAAACAUCAUCAGGUACUGGCUGGAGAACCUGCGUGCCAAGCAGGGCGAGUCGCUGCACAACAUCCACUUCCUCGAGGGACAGCCCAUCAUCCCGGAGCUGGCGGCCCGCGGCGUCAUCCAGCAGGUCUUCCCGCUGCACGAGCAGAGGAUCCUCAAGCGGCUCAUGAAGUCCUGGGUGCAGGCGGUCUGCGAGUCCCAGCCGCUCGAUGAGAUCUGUGACUACUUUGGGGUGAAAAUCGCCAUGUACUUUGCCUGGCUGGGCUUCUACACCUCGGCCAUGGUGUACCCCGCCGUCUUCGGCUCCAUCCUCUACACCUUCACCGAGAGCGACCAGACCAGCCAGGACAUCUGCUGCGUGGUCUUCGCCAUCUUUAACGUCAUCUGGGCCACCCUCUUCCUCGAGGAGUGGAAGCGCCGCGGGGCCGAGUUCGCCUACAAGUGGGGGACACUGGACACCCCGGCCGAGUCCAUCGAGGAGCCCCGGCCCCAGUUCAGGGGCAUUAAGAGAAUCAGCCCCGUGACCAGCGCGGAGGAGUUUUAUUACCCGCCGUGGAAGCGCCUGCUCUUCCAGUGCCUGGUCAGCCUCCCCGUCUGCCUCGCCUGCCUCUCCUUCGUCUUCCUUCUCAUGCUGGGCUGCUUCCAGCUCCAGGAGUUUGUGCUGAGCAUCCAGGAGCUGCCCCGGAUCAUCCGUUUCCUCCCCAAAAUCGUCCUGGCUGUCAUCGUCACCGCCUGUGACGAGGUUUACAAGAAGAUCGCGUACUGGUUGAAUGACAUGGAGAACUAUCGCCUGCAGAGUGCCUACGAGAAACACCUCAUCAUCAAAAUCAUCCUGUUUCAGUUUGUAAAUUCAUACCUGAGUCUUUUCUACAUCGGUUUCUACCUCAAAGACAUGGAGCGGCUGAAGGAGCUCCUGCUCAUCUUCUCUCUCUCCCAAAGCCUCGUGCGUCAGCUCAAAGAGGCUCUCCUUCCCUUCAUCCUCCUCCACCUCCACCUCUCUCUCAUCUUCUUUAAGGGCCUCCUGGGCUUUUGCUGGAGACUGGGAGUAUCCAAAAUGCUGGCCACGCUGCUCAUCACCCGCCAGUUCCUGCAGAACGUCAGGGAGGUGUCGCAGCCCCACCUGUACCGCCGGCUGCGCCGGGGGGACCUCAGCCUCCGCAGCCUCCGCCAGCUCGCCCACACCGUCAUCUGCCUGCUCGCCCCCCGCCGCCACCCCCCGGCCCCCCCCGAGGGGCUGCGGGGGGAGAAGAAGUGUCUGAACGGGGGCUGCGGGGUGCCGGAGGAAGAGGAGGAGGAGGAAGAGCGGCGCGAGUCGGACUCGGAGGAGGAGAGCGCCCUGGAUUGCGGGUUGAAGCUGAAGAAGGUGAGCUUCAUCGAGAAGGCGGAGCGGCGCGGCGGGGAGCCCGGCGGCCCCGAGGACGAGAGCUUCCUCGAGGAGGGCAGCCCCACCAUGGUGGAGAAGGGCAUGGACCCCGCGUCCGUCUUCGAGCUGUGCGAGGACGAGGAGGAGGCUGAAGGUCCCCCCGGCAGCCCGGUCAAGGCGGCGGAGCCGGCGGUGGUCCCGCGGGCCAGCCGGAGGAGGCGGGCGGCUGAGAGCCGGGAGGAGGAGGAGGGUGAGGAAGAAGGGCGUCGGCGCAACCGGGCGUCGUGGAUCGACCCGCCGGAGGAGGACUACUCCACGCAGCUGACGCAGGCGGAGGUGGAGAGCUGCAUGAAGAAGUAUGAGGACACCUUCCAGGACUACCAGGAGAUGUUCAUCCAGUUCGGCUACGUGGUGCUCUUCUCCUCCGCCUUCCCCCUGGCCGCCAUGUGCGCCCUGGUGAACAACAUCAUCGAGAUCCGGAGCGACGCCUUCAAGCUGUGCACGGGGCUCCAGCGUCCCUUCGGCCAGCGGGUCGAGAGCAUCGGGCAGUGGCAGAAGGUGAUGGAGGCCAUGGGCGUCCUGGCCAUCGUGGUCAACUGCUACCUGAUCGCCCAGUGCGGGCAGCUCCAGCGCCUCUUCCCCUGGCUCAGCCCCGAGGGAGCCAUCAUCUCCGUGGUGGUGCUGGAGCACUUCGCCCUGUUCCUGAAGUACGUCAUCCAAGUGGCCAUCCCCGACAUCCCCGCCUGGGUGGCCGAGGAGAUGGCCAAGCUGGAGUACCAGCGCCGCGAGGCCUUCAAGAAGCACGAGCGGCAGGCGCAGCACCACUUCCAGCAGCAGCAGCGGCGCAAACGGGAGGAGGAGGAGCGGCAGCGGCACGCUGAGUACCAGGCCCGCAAGGAGCGCGAGUCCAGCCGCGACGAGGCCAAGCCCGAGGCCGCUGGGCAGGACCCGGCCCACGAGAAGAGCCAGAGCAAAGGGAAGGGCUCCGGGGGCACCUCGCACGGCUCCGACAAGCCCAAGCGACCCAGCUCCCUCCUGGCCACCAACAACGUGAUGAAGCUGAAGCAGAUCAUCCCUUUGCAGGGCAAGUUCCUCUCCGGGGGGGCUGGGGCCAGCAGCACAGCCACCGCCAGGUCCCCCCAGUCCCCCACCGGCAGCGAGAACAAACUCCCCGGCUUCCUCAGCUUCAAGUUCCUGAAAUCCCCCGAGACUAAGCGGGACACGGGGACCGAGAAGGUCCAGUCGCCCACCAAGCCAUUCAAUCCUGGCAAGCUCUUCAACUUCGGCAAGUCCGAAGGGGCCGGGGGCAACGGCGCCGUGGCCACCACCUCCCCCCAGCCCCGGCCCGGCCCCUCAGCGGACACGGGUGAGCGGCCGGUCCCCAGCAAGUCCCAUCUCAAUGGGGUGCCGGAGGAGGGGGGCCGAGAGGAGCCGGAGAGCCGGGCAGAGGAGGAGAGCGGGGGCUAUAAACUCUAA